AUGGCUAAACGUUCCAAAUACGAAAGCGAUACAAAUAAUUCAAAUGAAGACUAUGAAAUGUCUGUUGAUGAUAAAAUUCUGUCAUCAGAUUUAAAUAAUCUUAUUCAAGCAACUACAAUUUCUAAUACAAAUGUAUAUCAUAUGAGCAUAUGUGGAUCUAUUAUUCAUCCAAUGCCAACAAAUUCUCCUUCAGAUAUCUUCUCAUUCCUUCGUCACAGCAAUUUUACUGCACUUCGACGUUCACUUGAUGUCUAUCACAAUGAUAUUAUUCAGAUGAGAAAUGAUCACGGACAAACAGUACUUCAUGUACUAGUAAUACAUGCUUAUCAGUAUGUAUGGGUACGUUUAUUGAUGUUACGUGAAUGUGAUCCAUGUGCUCAAGAUAUAGAUGGUUAUACAGCAGCUCAUUAUGCUGUCGAACGUGAUGAUGUUGAAAUGCUAAAAGCAUUAACACUUCGAUUUCAAACACAAGCAAAACCGAUAUCGGAAGAAAAAAUAACAACAAUACAUAAUAAAUGUUGUAAAGCAUUAUCUCUAAAAGAAAAAAAUGGUUUAACUACAUUUAUGUUAGCAUGUCAACAUGAAUCUUUAAAAUGUCUAGAUUAUUUAAUUGAACUUAAUAUUAAUGAUAGUAAUUUAGAAGAUAAAUUUGGAGAUACUUGUUUACAUUAUGCUGUAGGACGUCGUAAUAAAAAUCUUGUUGAAAAACUACUCGAUACAUGUAAAGCCGAUGCAAAUGGAGGUCAACAAUUACGUCCAAGUGUACUUGAUAUCCUACAGUAUAACCGUGCACAACAAAAACCAUUCGAGCGUACUAAAGAUGAUGAUAUUGAAAGAUUACUUUUAUCCUAUGGUGCAAAAAAUCGUUAUUCUAUUCGACGUAUUGCUAGUAAACGAAAAGGAUCUAAUGAUAAUAAUGAAUCUAUUACUUCAAACUUAGCUUGUCUUUCAAUUGAUUUAAAAACAAAUGCACAAAUUGAAACAGCACGUAGUUAUGCACGAUUAGGUUCAUCAUUCGAAGCUAAAGGUGAUUUAAAGGCUGCUCAAGAAAAUUUUCAACAUGCAAUGAUGUACACACCAGAUAAUACACUUGAAUGGGCAACUUAUGCAUUACGUUCUGCUCUUAUACAUAUGACUUAUGGUGAAAAACAAUCAGCACUUGAAUUAUUACAACCAGCACUUUAUAUUAGCAAACAACAUGAAGAAGAUAGUCAAGAUAUUGGUCAAAUUCAACAAGCUAUUGAUCAGAUUCAACGACAAACAUGUUAA